GCUUUUCCCUCCUCGACAUUCAUCUCAAGACACAGAGUCCUCUAUUCCACCAUGGCCCGCGGUAGAUCUCGCUCGGGCUCAGUUGCAUCUAUAACUAAUGGACACCAAGCUCGUGCACCAACAUCAUCUCCUCAGCUCAAGCGACAGUUUGCGGCUGCCAUCGACUCGAUUUACCACAAUAAUCUGACAGUACUCCAACGAAAAGAUCCAACUAUUGUCUCCAUCCUUGAUUCAUUCAGUCAUGUCUGUCUCUACCACUUCAACGGUUCUAAAUGGGAGAAGCAGGGUUAUGAAGGCAGCAUGUUUCUCGUCGAGCAUGAGGACUCUCCUACGUAUGGCCUUUUCAUUCUAAAUAGAAUGGGUACCGGCGACUGGGGCCGUCGUAUAUACCCCGAAGAUGACAUGCAAAGCCUGGGCGAUUAUCUCAUGUAUCGAUAUUUCCCAGAGUAUACAAGACGACGAACCGAGCUUCAACUGCCACAUCCUAUACCUGCAGACUUUCGAUCAAUGUUCGAACUCGAAUUUGCCCACGAUCCUAAUAGCGUCGGUCAACUCCAGGCAGAUGGGUCUGAGUCAGGCCCAAAAGAGAAGAAAGGAGCAUCUGUAACGCUUGGUCUGUGGAUGUUCCCUACUGAUGCUCGUGAACCCUUGAAAGAUGUCGUGAUACGCCUACACUCAUAUGUCAAGCGUGGGCUCCGAUAUCCAGAUGAAUAUCGUUAUGGACCCGGUCGACCGGCACCUCAGAACCCACAUCUCCGUCAAGCAAGCAUGUCUUCGGAUUCCAAUGCGGAAGAUGAAGACACGCCUCGAAUGAACCGUGCACCCCAAACUAUCGAGACUUCCGGCAGCUCUGAAGUCGACAAACUAUUUGCCAAGCUUCAAACACCAAUUCCAGCCAACACUAAUACCACCUCACAGUCUAUGUCCGCUCAACAUUGGUUUGCUGCACUGACUGGACAAAACGUUGAGCCGGUAGAACCUAGUGCGCCGAGUCCUGCACCAUCCGCCCCAACUUCUACUCGAGGUCUGGCACUUUUGGAUUCAAUAUUUGCCUCUGUCCAACCUCCGGUAAACCACAGUACUCAAUCCUCUGUUUCAACUAUCCCUCCUACCCAGAAUCACCUUCCCCCACAUCCUGAAGAAAUCAUGAUCGUUUCACCGAAGCCCCAGUCCAGUACACUUCCCCAAAUACUGAACCAGGACGUCAUAUCUACUCUCUUAGGACUCGGUUCUGAUUCCGGCUCUCGUGCUUCGUCAGUUGCGCCCAGCGCCACCAGCUCUAGACGAUCAGGUCUCAAUAUCUAUGAAGGAGAUAAUGAGUUCAGCGAGGAUAAUAUGUCGGAAGCGAGUUACUCGACUACAAGUACUGUCGCAGAUAGCGACCCGGCUAUCUUGGCCGUGGGUCUUUCAGGAGUCCCUAUGCUUUCAUUCAAUAAUGGUGGCUCCGAUUCGGAAGGCGAAUAUACCUCUGGAUCCUCGCUACGGGUACAGGGCGACGUUACACCGCGAGUCCCGGCGAGAGGUAUUGACCCUAACUCUCCCCCACCCCUGGAGCGAGUCCUUUCCCAGCAGUUUCUCAUACCUGUGAAUGGUAUAUCGCGAAAAGGACAUGCUGCAGGCCCAGCUAUGAAAUCAACUCUAUCAAUAGCCUCGACAUCGUCAGCCGUGACUGUCAAAGCAGCGGCCAACCAACGUUCCCAGCGUCUCGUACCUUUCGAAGCGGAUUCCGAACUAUGGCCUUACCCGCGCGCUCCAGUGGACGAACGCGCCACUGAUCUAGACGGCAACGAUGUUGUUGAACUCGACUUCUCCGACACUCGAGCCUUGAGCGACCCCGCUACCUUCUCCAAUCGUCUUCAGAAGCAAAAGAAGCAAAAAAGAGAGGGGAAGAGGAAGACAAGGGAGGAACGGGCGGCUGAGAGGGAACGUGAAAGGGAUGCUAUCGAGAAGAGUUGGGAUGAUCCUACGAAUGGUCUAGCUCACGCUGUUGAUAUGGUGUCGCAACCUGGCGCACCGGCCCUCGCAUUGCACACUGUGAAUGGCAAUGGAAAGCGUCAUGAAACAACAGCGGCUGGCGAAGCAAGUUCGUCCAAAGCUGCCAAUGGCGACAAAAGUGAACAGUUGACGAAUGGUGUUCUGAAUGGCCAAUCCGCUCGUGAUGCCUUGCUGGCCGCCUUGUUACCUCAUCCUCAAGCGCCCAUUCCUACCCUUCCUCGCAAACAGUUUGUUCAGGAAGUGUUGAGUCUCAUUUACACAUACAGUCAGACAAUGCGUUCGUAGACAAGCUGUACGAGGAAUAUACCUCCCGCGCUCACUGAAUUCGUUCUUUUCGUUUCGGGUGGAUCGUUCAUGAAGUUCAUGACGUUACGAUUACAGUACAUCGCCCUUCGCACUUGAUUUAUCAUCAUCCUCGAUCUCAGCCCACAUCUAUCUGUAUCAUUGAUGCUACGUUCGCUUUGUAGCAGUGUGUUGGUACUUCUCUUUCUGUCUUUUCUUGAUUGCAUUUUUGGUUGCCCUUUCUUGUGAUGAACACUUUUGUUGCUGUGGAAUCCACCUUCGACCUACAUAUGUGAUGUAAAUACAGUGUAUUGGUAACUUACCCUUAUAGCAUGUAGAUGAUGAUCCCAGCGUACGGAACAAAACCACUACGGAGUUGUGAUGUUCAUGAAUCGUUCAGGAUUAUGUGCUCGGUAGCCGCAUUGAAUCUCUUAAAUCCUAGGUUU